AUGUGUCGGUCUAACAAGCAGAUUGUGGAUGGUUUGCGGAAACAUUUUGACACCGAACAUUAUGGAAUUGGCAUGGGCCUUCGACGAACCCGUCAGCAAGGGCACACCGUCAAAUCCAUUUGUGAAGCGAUGCUUGACCUACGUCAAAUCUAUCCCAAUGCCAGAGCGAGGGAGAUGAUUAGCCUCCUGUUCCAUGAAAAAGGUAUGAGUGUAGCCAGGACUGUAAUACGAGCAUAUUUCGCAACUUAUGAGCCAGACCUUGUGCGGGAGCGGAAGGCACAACAUUUGAAAAGGAAACGUUUUUGGGCUGCGGGGGUCAAUGACUUAUUUGCCCCGUUCUUGGGGCACAUUAUGUGGAUCCAUGUCUGGCAUUCUAACAGGAACCCACAGCUCAUCCUCAGUUACUACUUAGAUACCAUCCAGACUCUCGGUCAUAUACCUAUGGUGACACAAAGCGAUCCUGGUACCGAGAAUUAUGGUAUCGUGAACGCCCAUACCAUGCUACGACAAUGGCAUGACCCUGCAUUGCAAGGUACACUCCAGCAUCGUUGGAUGCGGACGAAGAAGAAUGUAAUGCCCGAGAUUACAUGGUCGCAAUUACGCAGAUGUUUCACUCCUGGCUUUGAAUCAAUACUGGACCGGGGAGUCAAUGAAGGUUGGUACGACAGUAGCACUACUCUCCAAGUAAUGGUAUUCCAUUGGGUCUUCAUUCCUUGGCUACAACACGAACUCGAUGCAUACCGGGACCGCAUGAACAAUACAGCAAAGAGGCGUGAUCGCAACAAGGUACUCCCUCAUGGUGUCCCCAAUCUCAUAUAUGACUCGCCUGAAGAUUUCGGGGCCCUGGACUUUAAGAUCACUGUAGAACGAGCUGCUAUUGAUCACGUUCGGGGAGUCUACAUUAAUUCAAGCCACCCCAUCUUUGACCUCGUGCCUCCCAACCUGGGCAAUUAUAUCCAAAUGUGCUACGAACAAAUGGGCUGUCCUGUCGUUGACUGCAACUCAGCAUGGACUGUGUAUCACGAUUUGCUCAAUAAGCUCCAGCACAGCGACAACUCAGCAUUGCUUGAUGUCUCUGGUGACGAAGAUUCAGAUGAGGAGCUGGGGGAUUUACCACUGCUCAGUAACCAUCAAGAUCUGCCAUUCAACGAGGAUGGUUAUUACAUGAGCGGUGUUGGUGGUGGGUUGGGGCUGGAUACCGUGCACCAUCAACAGCUGGAUAGUCUUAUCGAAGAGGAUGAGCCUGACAUUUCUGUUGACGGAGAUGUUAACCUUGAUCAUGACGGUCUUGUUGUCUGGGAUUUCUCAGACAACGAAGAUGAUGAGAUUAGUAACGCUGAUCAGUGGUAA